UAGGGCACGAUCAGAUAAUGUUACGACUCCUAUCCCAAAGACUGGAUCUGUUUUUUCAAGAAAUGGUUGCUUUUGCUCCAGCUCUUAUUGCUCAUCCUCUACCCUGUCUAGAUUUAGUAGUAGAUCACGUAUCUGACCAUGAUGCAACAUGUGAUAGCGUUGAUUUCAACGAUUGUGGUAUGUUGCUGAUGGGCUAUGCACCGAAGAGGAAGAAAUCUGUAAAGAUGAAGCGGAUCGAAAGAAAUAAACCCUGGAAGAUCCCGGAAGAUAUCCCCUACACAACGUGUACUGACUGCGGUGCACCGCGCAGAGUCUACUUCAUGUGUGAAGUGUGCUACGCAAAGGUGAAAUUGGCUACAGAAGAGUUACAGACACAUAUGAAAGAGAAAAUAGCGGGAAUGACAUUCCAGAGGAAAGUAGAAGAAACUUAUCUGAAAUACAAGCCCCAGACCUACGAGGAGCAAUUAGAGCCAUACCUGGAGAAGUAUACGUUAGAGAGGUUAAAACCUAAACCUGUUAAACCUAUCGGAGACACCUGGAAAGAUGAUAUUGAUGAUUAUAAAAGGUGGUAUCUGGAGGACGGUGAUCCAGUCCUGCCUCCCAAAACUGACCAAGAUGUUGAUAUGAUAUCUGAUACUGACCUGAUAUCUGAUCCUAACAUGAUAUCUGAUCCUGACCUGAUAUCUGAUCCUAACUUGAUAUCUGAUCCUGACCUGCUAUCUGAUCCUCACCUGAUAUCUGACACAGAUGCAGACAUAAUAUCUGAUCCAGCACAAAAAGAAUGAUCCUGGGUCACGGAUACGAUUAAUUUAUUAGAUAUUGAAGUCACAUGUUAUAGUUAACUAUUGUUAGGGCAACGCAUUUUCAUUAUACGUUUUUAUUGUAUAUUAUUGACCCAAACUAAACGAUACUCAUCCCCGGAAUUUGCGAAUAUUCAAUAUUUUUGUAUACCUACAAGAAGUGUGGAAGUUGAAACUUUAAACCGUUUUGAA